CCUAUCCAACAAUCAUUCUCGUAGUGGUGUCAUACUGAUAUGCCAGAAAGAACAAAAUACAAUCACAGAAGGCGCCAGAAAGAGGACAAUAAUGAACAAUUAAGAUGAAAAUAUGCGUCAUAAAGAGAGUAAGGGGAAGUGAUGCUGCAGUAUAUGAAAACCACAGACCGAUUGUCAUUUUGUUAACAGCACUUGGCAGUGAAAUAAUAAACGGUAAAAAGGCAAAGAAAUCCUCAAUGAAGUAUAUGGCAUCGGUUCAGAACAGCAAUGGUCACAUAUGCGGAGGAUUUCUUGUCAGUGAGGACUUUGUAAUGACUGCUGCACACUGUGACAAGUGGAAUCCUACAAGUGUUGUUCUGGGAACCCACAAUCUCAAGAAGGUUGAUGAUUCUACAAUGAGAUACAGUGUCACAAAGAGGUGCAAACACCCUUCCUAUAAUGAAACGACAGUAGCAAAUGACAUCAUGCUCCUCAAACUGUCUAGGAAAGCUCAUCUAGGCAAAAAAGAAUCAAUCAAGACAAUUCAACUUCCAACUGAUCAAAAGCCCCUGAAAGAAAACAAAAAGUGCACGGUAGCUGGAUGGGGGUCCACACAAACCCGUGGUCAAACGGUUGAUGAGCUGCAAGUGGUGGAUGUUCCCAUCGUAGGCGGGCAUACAUGUCGGAAGUGGUGGCGUAAACUUCCUGCUAAUGUUAUCUGUGCCGGUGGAAGCACCAAAAAAGGAUUUUGUCAGGGUGAUUCUGGAGGCCCUCUGGUGUACAAGGGCAAGAUGGCCGUUGGUAUUGUUUCCUUUAACAGGGACUCAAACUGUAGCUACCCAGACGUGCCCAACGUCUAUACGGACAUAUCAAGAUUCCUCCCUUGGAUCAAAGACAUUCUGAAGAAGAAACAAUGCUGAGUGAUUUAAUGCUUUAGAAUUUUGGUUGAAGCAGUACUGCCUAGUCUAACUCUAGAUUUAUGUUUCUGCACCGGAUCUCCACCCCCCUUCCUGGCCCCCAGUGGAAAUGUGACAACACAGAGUGACGCAGACCUCUACAACUGUGACUGGUCCAACAUUCAUUUCCUCAUCCACAUUUCUGAAUAGCUGCACAUGCACAGAAAUGUUUUCCUCCCUCCACCGUAUACUUAAAGUUUGGUUCUCAUUCAGUAGUGUGAUGUUCUCUCAGCGUAUAAUACAAUUGUCUGCUGGGAAGCUUCUGGACCAGGCAUUAGUGUGGAAGUUACUUAGAUAUGUACCACACACCUAGACCAGAUUGUUGCAACCAGACCAGACGCCCCCAACCCACAGCAAUGAUGAUGGCAGCAGCCACCCCCAGUUGGAUGCAGCCUGACACAAACACACACACAAAAACUGUUGAGGAACGAUUCAAAAAUCAUGAAAAGCAGAAUAAAGAGUGAAAAUUUCCCUGUGUUCUUCUCUUGAUGAUUUCCCUGCCUGUGAGUCCCUUGUUUUCAGUGUUGUGUCCUGUUUUGAAUCAUUUGGAUUAUCCUGCUUCACUCCACAGCACUUUUUGUUUUUGCCUUGCAAACAACAUUAAACUGAACUUUCUUAUUUUA